AUGCCACCAACAUGCUCACCGUCCACCAUCUCCUUCAUUGCCCCCGUCAUCCAAGAUGGCGAUAUCACACUGGCCGGGACGGGUGCCAUAGUCGAGUACGUUCUCGCCAAGCACGGCAACAAUAGUCUCAAUAUCCCUCUCACGGCCGUAAACCACGCAGACCAUCUCUAUCACUGGCACUUCAUCAAUAGCAGCCUGCAGCGCACCAUCCUAGCCGCCUUCAUGACUGCUAGCGCCGACGGCCCAGAUGCUUCCAAGACUGCCAAGAUUAUUGAUGGAAGGAUCAAGGGAGCCAUGCGGAUUCUCAAGAAGUCACUGGGGGGUAAUUAUUGGCUCUUCGGAAAAGAUUUUACGACCACAGACAUCAUUCUCGUCUUUUCGCUGACGCCUUUGAAGUUGUUCUUACCGUUCUAUGAGCUCAAGAAUUACCCCGCUAUUCUGGGUUACCUGAAGAGGGUGCGUGCUCGGGAGGCGUACCAGACGGCCAUGACCAAGAGCGAUGGGACUGUCCCCGGCCUUGAGGUAUAG